AUGAGUCACAGGAAAUCAGAGACCGCAGUCAUUUUCACCUCAAACUUGUGCUGUCGUCGAUGUCUGAAGCCAGCCGCAUACGCUCCUGGCGUCAACUGCUACACCCCCUUCAUCCUUCAUGCACUGCACGCGGUGAAGAUGGUGUGCUGGUUCGAUCGCAAAAUGUGCAGACGGGAAUCUAGCGGCUUAAAUGCCAGAACACGCUCACAUGAAAAGAGAAGUGACAGAAAAUACCUAGUGCGUGUCCCAGGCGGUUGCACGGUGAUGGAUUGCCGCCCAGCUUGUGAGACCAAGCCCACUUCCACAGCUGUCAGCCGUGGCUUGCCCCUCCCAGAUGUGGCGCGAUGGUGGCUGUUUUGCUGUAAGCGCUCGGACCUUUUGGCUGCCGACGGACGCAACUCCAAACUUUGGAGUUUCAGAUUCAGGCGGCUGAUUGAAGUCAUGAUCCAGAUUUCCCCGCUUUUCUUGCGCGACUCACGAACUCAGCGACUCGGAUGCCCAUGGGAAUGCUUGGAGGAUAUGACUGCAUUUGGUGAACACGGCAAUCGCAAAGUCGCGGCGCAAGUGCGUCCACCAUCAACGACAGGUCCACGGCUUUUAACGACCACAACAACGGACAGCCAAUCAAGACUCCCCCGUCCCUGUCCCGCCAGCGCCCAGCAUGGCAUGGACGUCCAAAAGUCAUCCGGAUCCCAAUGGGCGUCAUGA